AUGGACUUAGCCAAAGUGCUAGUGGUCGGCUGCGGAGGACUGGGAAAUGAAGUCGUGAAGAAUCUGAUACAUCUGAAUGUAAAACACAUAACCAUCGUGGAUCAUGACACAGUUGAAGUGAGCAAUUUGAGCAGACAAUUCUUUUUCACAUGUGAUGACAUUGGAAGAAGCAAAGCAGUUGUGAUUGAAGAGAAGGUAAAGGAAAGGUACCCCUACAUCCAUAUCACUUCCUUUGUGCAAAACGUAGAAUCUUUCGACACAGAAUUCUUCGAGAAAUUCGACUUUGUAAUGGGUUGCCUGGAUAAUAUAAGCAGUAGGAUGUACCUGAAUAAUGUAGUCUUUACUUUGCGGAAGGACGUCAUUUACAUCGAUGGGGGAGUGGAGGGUCUUCGAGGAAGUGUUAAGAUUGUCGACCGGGGGAGGCACUUCGCUUGCGUGCAGUGCACCGUGGGGAAUUACGCCACGGGGGGAGACCAGCUAAACAACCGUUGGGACGACGAUCUAGCCGAAGGGGAAACCGUGCCCGUGUGCUCCAUUGCGGGAAGGCCAACGAACUUCACCCACUGUGUCCUGCACGCCAUGCACGUAGCAUUUGAACAAAUCAGGAAAGAAAAGCCCAACGUGAAGGAUAAAACCCACCUACUGUGGAUUCACGAAGAAGCCAAAAGGAGAGCUACCCAAUUUGACGUCGACCACGAGGACUACCACGUAACCAGACAGAUCGUCCAGAACACAAUCCCAACAACCAUCAGCACACUCAUGGUGAUUUCUUCACUAAUGGUAUGUCAGAUGCACAGCAUUGCUUCGGAUAUGUGUAGAGGAAAUCUACACGUGGUGUCGAGUCGGACACACGACUACAGCGACAUCCUCUAUGUUGGCGAAAACGGGUUCUACCUGCUCCAUUACAAGAUAUAUAGGAACCGACACUGCAUCAUAUGCAGCAGAAAACGGAUUCAUGUUGUUUUUAAGCGGAGCGACAAAUUCAGCCAGUUUGUUGAAUACAUUAGGAGGGAGUACGAACUCGAACGGAUGAGCAUUUCUACCCAAUCCACCAUUCUGUUCAUGGCGUCCAAGUGGUUUGUGGGGAAGGACUACGAAGAGAGACUCAACGCCACUUUCGCACAACUCGUGGACAGGGGCGAGCUGAAGGAGCGCGACUACCUCAACGUCCAAACGGAGGGCGACACCAGCUUCGUUUUCCUCCUCGACUUGGAGUGA